AUGAAAAAAUCUGUCGAUCCUUCAGUUGAUGCUCACACAGACUAAAAUCACGAGGGUAUUCCGCUGUAAAAGAGAAUAGGUUAAUUUGAAGUCACAAUGAAAGCUGGGAUAUUUGGCGUACUACUUCUACUCUCGGCACUUCCCACAAUAGCAACCCAGAUUAGAAAUGUGGUUGAGGUUAAAACCCAGUCCGGCUGGGUGAGAGGUUAUGAAGAAAAUUAUGACAAUGGCCAAGUCUACAGAUUUAUAAAAAUUCCAUUUGCACAGCCCCCACUAGGAAAACUACGCUUUCAGAAACCCCAGCCCUUAGGGGAAUGGGAAGAUGUCCAAGGAAUAUCAGAUGAGCUCGGUCCAUCAUGCACACAGUGGAAAUUUCCCAUGCCUGGAAUGGACGAUUUGCAACAAGAUGAGAAUUGUUUGUAUCUCAAUAUCUACGUUCCUGGCAAAGUAUCAAAAGAUCGGAAUCUUUCGGUGAUGGUUUGGAUUCAUGGGGGAGGAUUCUUAUUUGGUGGUGGAAAUCAGUACCAUCCUCAAAAGUUAGUUUUAGGCGGUGACGUCAUAGUGGUUACAACCAAUUACAGACUUGGAUUCUUAGGAUUUUUAACAUUAAACGACCCUCUUCUGGCUGGAAACUUUGGACUUUGGGACCAAAUUGAGGCUCUUCGUUGGGUUCAAAAUAACAUUGUAGCAUUUGGGGGGAAUCCGAACUCUGUAACUAUAUUUGGAGAAUCUGCUGGUGGAAUGUCUGUAAGUCUUCUGACAUUGAUUCCCUCAAACAAAGGUCUGUUUCAACGAGCUAUUUCACAGAGUGGUGUGGCGACUUAUCCUGGCAUAAUUUCCAAAAAAGAAUUAGAAAAAGAGCGUUCAGAUCAGUUACUGGAAAAAGUAAACUGUAAAGAUAAAGGAGAUAUAUCUGAAACAUUGAAAUGCCUGCAAGAAAUUCCGGUAGAAAAUAUUACAAAUGCUUUUACCAUGGCAGAAUUGACGCCCCCAUUGAACACAUCAGUAAAUACAGCAAGCAUGUCCCCAUGUGUUGAUGGUGAACUCAUAAAGAAAAAUGUAGCUUAUCCAUGGUCAGUAGAUGAUGAGAUUUACAGUUUCUUUCGCUCCAUUGAUUUCAUGUCCGGGACACUUGAUGGGGAAGGAAACUUGGUUUAUAUGCUUUUAAAUGCAGAGAUACAGGAAUAUUAUGAGUUUAAUGUCACAGAAAAAAUACCAUUACGUGUUCUCUGUGAAAUUAGUGCUCCAGUUUAUAUCGAACAAACUGUUGGCAAUGUCCCCGAAUUAGCAAAAGAAAUAUGUGAUUUUUACACUUCUACAGAAGAUGUUGAUGCUCAAAGUAAUAAAGUUUGCGAAUUUGGUGGUGAUUAUUUGUUCAUCGUUCCAAGUAACACCAUUCUUUCAAUCCACGCCAAGAAUAACGAAAACGCUAAAUCUUUUCAAUAUUUGAUCACAAAGGAAAGUCCCAUGCCAUUUGGAGGAGAUCCGCCUGCUUGGUUUAAAGGAGCUGGACAUGGCGAUGAUAUACAUCUUAUGUUUGAUCUUCCAACUAUACAUUUCCCAGAAGAGAAACGUAAGAACCUGACUGGUGUGAACAAGCUUUCAGAAGACGUUGUUAAGUAUUGGACCAAUUUUGCAAAAUUUGGCGAUCCAAAUGGAGACAGUGUACCAAGGUGGCCAUCAUAUGACGUCAACAAUAAACGUUACGUCAUUUUAGAUACUCCAAUUACUACAGGCGAGAAUUUGAAACCUGAAGCUACAGCUCUACUUACCAAAAUAAUUGAAAAAGGUCAACAACGGCUAGUCCACGAUGAAUUAUAGCUGAUUAGCUAUAAAAUACACAUACAUUGCCUUCUUUGUGAUAAGUGGAUGUUAGUGAAUUUGACUGCUUCAUAACGUGAUUAAGUUAUAACUUGUUUGUGUUAUACUGUUAUGAAAAUUUAAUUUGCUUAUUCAUUCCCUUUCAAUAAUUAUUGUAUUAUUACAUGUAGUUAUCCGGAUUUAGUCAAGUGUGUACAGGGAUUUACCCCGGAUUUUAUUCCAUAUAUCCUGAGGCCGAUGGGUGUUUGGAAUGCAUUCCGGGGUAAAAUCCCCUUACACCUUUAAUUUGAUCUGGAUAACAAAUAUAUUUCCUUUGUAACCAAAUAAAUUCUUUGUAAACCCAAGUCCAAAUAAUGGCUUUUUCAAACUACCGAUAAGAUUUACUACGUGCUGCGAUGCAUCGUGAUGUGCUGUGAUUUGCUUUUUGUGAUAGAAAAACUAUAAUUACAAACCAAUCAGAUCUCGUGUUACAAGCUAGAUAGGAAAAAACGCAGUUAUCAUGGUAUCAAGAAAAUUUACGAAUGUUAUUUGAUUGCAGAAAACAUUUCAAAAUAAAUAAGAAUCAACAUUUUUGAUCCACAGAAUGAGUGUUGAAAUCUUGUUCAGAUUUCAACAUUCAUUCCGUGGAUCUAAAGAGGCGUAAUUUUCUUUAUUAGGAGCGUACAGCAUCAUGAAUAAUUGCUCAGGAAAUGAUGGUGUUUUUAAAAUAAAUUGUUCACCUUUUUUGUAAAUUACAUAUGAUCGAGCAAAACUCCAUUUAGAAAAUGAAUUGACUAUGAUUGUCAAAGACUCUGAUUCAAUUAUAUCUAUAUAUUUUUAUAAAUCUGCAAUUACUGUAUUUCUGUACAUCAUUUAAAGUAAUAUUACCUGAUAUUCUUGAAAAAAUUGCUAAGCAUGCAAUCAUUUUUCAUUACAAUGUAUAUUUAAAUUUAAAAUGUCAAAUACCUGAAAAAAUCAGUUUC